ACGUCAUCGCUUGUCGUUAAUUUUAAUAAAUCCCUAAAUUUUUGCAAGAUUUUUACGGAAAAUUCGUCUGAAAAAAGAACAGCAGCAAAUAUCACAAGAGAGGACCGAUAAAUAUUAUGCUUUGAGCAUCAUUUCAUGCAAUGUAUGCCCUCCAGCACAGCAUCUGUGGUGCAGGAUAGAAACGAUAAGUCCGCAAACGAUAUUAUUUGAAAGCUCCAUAUACAAACCAAACUCAGUGGAAAAUUGAGCGCAUUUUAGCUUGUUUUUGUGUGUUUGCCGUUCGGUAGCGGUUUGUUGCAUCUGUUUCGAUCGCAUCUGGUGUGACCAACGAACCAUUUCCGAUUGUUGGGCUUGUUGUAAGAGCCGCCGACUCGUCGAAACAUAUCCCAAAGAUGCCAAGAGGUAUCAUUACGCUCCAGCUGGGCCAGUGCGGCAACCAGAUUGGUUUCGAAUUCUGGAAGCGACUUUGUCUCGAACAUGGAAUAUCUCCGUCGGGAACGUUGCGCGAGUUUGCAAGCGACGGUAUCGAUAGGAAGGAUGUGUUUUUCUACCAAGCGGAUGAUGAUCACUACAUUCCCCGGGCGGUUCUGCUGGAUCUGGAACCGCGCGUGAUUCAUUCGAUCAUGUCUUCACCGUAUGCGAAGCUGUACAACCCGGAAAACGUAUACCUGUCCAAGGAUGGUGGCGGUGCCGGUAACAACUGGGCUUCCGGGUUUAGUCAGGGCGAGAAACUGCACGAGGAAGUGUUCGACAUUAUCGACCGGGAAGCGGACGGCAGCGACAGUUUGGAGGGAUUCGUGCUCUGUCACUCGAUUGCCGGCGGUACCGGAUCCGGGAUGGGUUCGUACAUCAUGGAACGGCUGUCCGACCACUUCCCCAAGAAGCUCAUUCAGACGUACAGUGUGUUUCCGAAUCAGGACGAAAUUAGCGAUGUGGUGGUGCAACCGUACAACAGUCUUCUGACGCUACGACGGCUGACUAGCUGCGCCGAUUGUGUGGUGGUGCUGGACAAUACCGCCCUGAACCGUAUCGCGACCGAUUGGCUGCAUCUGGAGAAUCCUAGCUUCGCCCAAAUCAACACACUCGUGUCGACCAUCAUGUCCGUCAGCACGACCACCCUGCGCUAUCCCUCGUACAUGAACAACAACCUGAUCGAGCUGAUCGCGCCCCUAAUUCCUACCUCCCAGCUGCACUUCCUCAUGACCGGCUACACACCGCUCACGACCGAAUCGGACACACAGUCGGUCCAGAAAACGACCGUGCUGGAUGUCAUGCGGCGGCUGCUGCAACCGAAAAACAUGAUGGUCUCUACCGGGCCAGAUAAAACCAACCACCAUCGGUACAUUUCGAUUCUGAACAUCAUCCAGGGGGAGGUCAACCCGUCCCAGGUGCACCAAUCGAUUCAGCGAAUUCGAGAGCGCAAGCUGGCCCAGUUUAUUCCCUGGGGUCCGGCCAGCAUUCAGGUGGCACUGUCGCGCAGCAGUCCGUACGUACAGAGCAGUCACCGGGUGACUGGGCUGAUGUUGGCCAACCAUACCAGCAUCUGCUCGCUGUUCGAGCGGGCCCUCGGGCAGUACGAUAAGCUGCGCAAGCGAGGUGCAUUCCUGGAUCAGUUUAAGAAGGAGGACAAAUUUAAGGACGAUCUGAGCGAAAUGGACGAAGCGCGCGAUGUGGUGGAUGCGCUCGUGCAGGAGUACGAGGUGGCCACCAAGGAGAACUAUCUCAGCUGGCAUGCGAGCCGCGCAAUGGGAGGAACGAAUCCGUAGGCAGCGGAAAGCAUUCAUUAACUCAAUGGUUUUAACUAGAUCGUUACUUGAGCGGCAGGCAGGAAAGGUAUUAGUAGCGUCGGAUAGGAAUCGCUUAGCUAGGACACGAAUGGAAAACAGGGCUCUCUACCUACCGAGGAGAAGAAUCUACAGAUUUUAGUGAAUGCGCGAAGGGAGGGAGGGAAGGUUGUUGAGUAACAUACUUAAGUAUUUCUGUGCCAAUAAAAACGCUUCAUUGGUAUCACACACACACACA